UAAAACUAAAUAACAUAAAGAACUAUACCCUUCACUCUCCUAGGAAAAUGAAAAUUCAACAAUGGUUUCUCUUUACAAUCAGAGAAAAUGAAAAUCAAAAGAAAGAAAAUCUUUAAGCUCUAAUGGAGGACAAGAAAGCUAAAAUACUUGCUGCUACAGUAGUCAUUGCUCUCAUCUUAGUUAUAAUUAUAGCUCGUGUCUAUCUCAAACUCUCCAAAGGUUUCUUCCUGAUUUUAGGCGCAGAUAUAGCAUUGAUCCUUUUCGUUUUUGCUUAUUUGAUAAUCAGAAGGCGGUAUGAUCGGAGAAGAAAGCUGUUGGUGACACAGCUGGUUUCAGAAGGCAUAGAGCUUCGGAUAGAAUACAGCUUCCUUCGAAGAGUUGCAGGCGUUCCAGUAAAAUACAGAUUAAAGGAGCUUGAAGAAGCAACUGACAAUUUCCGAUCCCUUUUAGGCAAAGGCUCAUCUGCUUCCGUUUUCAAAGGCGUACUAAACGACGGCACUGCGGUUGCCGUGAAGAGCAUCGACGGCGAGGAACGCGGCGAAAAAGAAUUCAAAUCAGAAGUUGCAGCCAUUGCUAGUGUUCAACAUGUAAAUCUCGUACGCCUUCUUGGUUAUUGUAUUGUCCCUGGAGGGCCUCGGCAUCUUGUGUAUGAAUUCAUCCCAAAUGGUUCGCUUGAUAACUGGAUCUUCCCUGGAAGAAGACGAUGUGGGGUUUCCCGAGGGGGCUGCUUGUCGUGGGAUUUAAGAUAUAGAGUUGCCAUUGAUGUGGCCAAAGCUCUUUCAUAUCUUCACCAUGAUUGCAGGUCAAGAAUAUUACACCUCGACGUCAAACCAGAGAACAUACUCAUAGAUGAGAAUUAUCGAGCCAUUGUGUCAGAUUUUGGCCUGUCAAAGCUAAUGAGAAGAGACGAAAGUAGAGUUGUUACAACAGUCCGAGGCACAAGAGGCUAUUUGGCACCUGAGUGGCUCCUCGAGAGGGGAAUUUCAGAAAAAUCUGAUAUUUACAGCUAUGGGAUGGUGCUUUUAGAGAUGAUAGGAGGAAGAAGAAAUGUUUGCCUGAUUGAACAAGGCAAAAAUGACAAGUCUAAGAGAAAAUGGCAAUACUUUCCGAAAAUUGUGAAGGAGAAAAUGCAAGAAGGGAAGCUCAUGGAAGUUGUAGACAGUCGACUGGUGGGAGAUGGGCUGCAGAUUGAUGAGAGGGAGGUGAAGAGAUUGCUUGAUGUAGCUUUCUGGUGCAUACAAGAGAGAGCUAGGCUGAGGCCGAGUAUGGCUCAGGUGGUGGAAAUGCUUGAAGGGCGUGUAGCAGUGGAUGUGCCACCGGAGACCGAAAUGGUUAUUGUUGAUUUGUUGUCAAUUGAUGAAGAAGAUGAAGCUGAUGGCGACCAUGGCAGGAAGAAGCUUGCAGCAUUGUCGCCGGAAGUUGAUAAUAGAACUCUUCCAUCUUCAUUAUCAUACUCUUAUGCCAUGUCGGUUCUCUCCGGAAGGUAGCUCUGGUUCAUUUUCCUGGGUAAUCUGUAAUUUCCUCUUGAGGCUGACAUCGGUAUUUUGUUUUAUUAUUAUUAUUUUUCUGACAAAAAAUUGUGUAUGAUGAUUAUAGAAAAAAAAAAGUCAUUGAAUAGAUCUAAUGGCUGUAAUAUCAAUUUGUCAAAGUUGAUGAUCCAGGUCCAACGACCAGGAAUUCCAAUUUUAGAUA